GCCCCAAGGUCCGGCAGGAGCAGGGCCUGGCCCGGCGGGCACAGCAGGAGCGCGGCGGGGGCCGGCGGGACGCGACGAGCUCCCCGGCCCGCGCCCGCUGGUGGGUGCGGCGGGGCCGGCAGGAGGAGGGAGAGGCCCGGGGCGGAGUACAGGAGGAGGGCGAGCUCUACCGGGGGGAGCAAGAGCACCCCGGCGGCAACCCCGGCCCGCGGACUCCGGCACAGCGCCCGAGCCGCAGGAGGUCCGCCAGGGUGUGAGGCCCUAGCCCGUGCCCGGUGCUCGCUGCCCCGGGGGUGAUCCCAGCCGCGUCCCGGACCUCCCCGGCGUCGAUCGUCGCACCCCGCCCCGGCAGGCGUGCGGGCUCGUCCCGCCUGGCAUGCUGGCUGUCUGGAGUGCCGCCGUGCCCGUCCUCGCCCUCCGGUGACGCUGCAGACCCAGCGCAGGAUGCGGUGGCUGUGGCGGUGAGCGCACAGAGGCUGAGCUGUAGCAUGCAGGCGGAGGAGGGCACGGACUGGCUGCUGGAGCUGCUCACUGAGCUGCAGCUGCAGCAGUACUUCUUGCGCAUCCGAGACGAGCUCAACGUCACACGCCUCUCCCACUUCGAGUACGUCAAAAAUGAGGAUCUGGAGAAGAUUGGCAUGGGACGCCCCGGCCAGCGGCGGCUGUGGGAGGCAGUGAAGCGGAGGAAAGCCAUGUGCAAGCGGAAAUCCUGGAUGAGCAAGGUGUUCAGUGGGAAGCGCCCAGAGUCAGAGCUGCCACCCCAGCCCCAGAGUACCUUCCGCAAGCCUCCCACACCACCACCCCCUGAAGCUGGGGGCCAGCACUCCCUCACCUGCCUUGUGCGGGAGCGGGACCUCUCCAUCUUUGAGAAGCUGGGUGAUGGCUCCUUCGGUGUUGUGCGUCGUGGCGAGUGGUGCACACCUGCUGGCAAGAUGCUGAAUGUGGCAGUGAAGUGCCUCAAGACAGAUGUGCUGAGCCAGCCAGAGGCACUGGACGACUUCAUCCGGGAAGUGAAUGCCAUGCACUCCCUGGACCACAGGAACCUCAUCCGCCUGUAUGGUGUGGUGCUCUCCCACCCCAUGAAGAUGGUGACAGAGCUGGCCCCACUCGGCUCUCUCCUGGACCGCCUGCGGAAGAACCAGGGCCAUUUCCUCAUCUCUACCCUGUGCCAGUAUGCCAUCCAAGUGGCCAAGGGCAUGGCCUACCUGGAGUCCAAGCGUUUCAUCCACCGCGACCUGGCUGCUCGCAACAUCCUGCUGGCCUCCAAUGAGCUUGUCAAGAUUGGGGACUUCGGACUGAUGCGGGCACUGCCCAAAAAUGAUGAUCACUAUGUGAUGCAGGAGCAUCGCAAAGUCCCCUUUGCCUGGUGUGCUCCUGAGAGCCUGAAGACACGCACCUUCUCCCAUGCCAGUGACACCUGGAUGUUUGGAGUGACCCUCUGGGAGAUGUUCACCUAUGGUCAGGAGCCUUGGAUUGGCCUCAAUGGCAGCCAGAUUCUGCACAAGAUAGACAAAGAGGGUGAACGGCUGCCGCGGCCUGAGGACUGUCCCCAGGACAUCUACAACGUCAUGCUGCAGUGCUGGGCACACAAGCCCGAGGACCGACCCACCUUCGUAGCCUUGCGAGACUUCUUGGUGGAGGCUCAGCCCACUGACAUGAGAGCGCUGCAGGACUUUGAGGAACCAGACAAGCUGCACAUCCAGAUGAACGACAUCAUCACGGUCAUUGAGGGCAGGGCCGAGAAUUACUGGUGGCGGGGUCAGAAUAAACGGACCCUAAAAGUGGGCCAAUUUCCCCGAAACACGGUGACCUCGGUGGCAGGGCUGUCAGCCCACGACAUCAGCCAGCCACUUAAAAACAGCUUCAUCCACACAGGCCAUGGAGACACCAACCCGCAGCACUGCUGGGGGUUUCCCGAUAAAAUUGAUGAGCUGUACCUGGGAAAUCCCAUGGACCCUCCUGACAUUUUAGGUGUGGAUCUGAGUGCUGCCAGACCUACACAGCUUCCAGGGAGGGCUAAAAGGCAGCCUCCUCCACGCCCACCUCAGCCUACCGUCCUGCUCACCAAACCUUGCUACGACCCAGUUAGUGAGGAGGAGGAGGGUCUGCCAGGGGGUCUCCGGAAGCUCUGCCUGAAGAAGCCAGGCACAGGGAAGGGUCUGUGGCCAGUCAAGCCAUCAGCACGAGUACCGGGCACCAAGGUGGGCGAACGGCAACCUGGACGUCUGGCAAGUGAGGGGCCGGCAAGCAGCGAGGUGACCCUCAUUGACUUUGAGGAGGAAGUGCCCCAGGGUAGCCCCUCUCCAGUGGGGGAGCUGACAGCCCCGUCAUUAGCCAAGCUGGCCAUGGAGGCCUGGUCUUUGCUGGACAAGACCCCACCACAGAGCCCCACACGAGCUCUACCUCGGCCUCUCCACCCCACACCAGUGGUGGACUGGGAUGCCCGGCCGUUGCCCCCACCACCUGCCUAUGAUGAUGUGGCACAGGAUGAGGAUGAUAUUGAGGUCUGCUCUAUCACCAGCCCCCGGCAGGGCAAGACCAACUAUGGCUUUGUGGAUGAGGGUGAGCGAGGACCAGCACUGGAGGACAACCUCUUCCUGCCCCCCAAGGAGACCAAACAACCCAGCAUGACACAGACUACCGAGCUCUUCGAGGAGCUGCAGCAGGAGUGCAUGAAGAGGCUCAACGUCCCUCUGGGACCGGCUGCACCAGCUGACGACAAGCCCCAGAUCCCUCCCCGUGUCCCAAUCCCGCCCCGGCCCCUUCGCCGGAAUGAGCCCGGGCGCUGGUCAGGGGACCUUUCCCCAGCUUCGGGGAGCGAGGAAGACCGGCCACCCCAGAUCCCCCCACGGGACCCACUGUCCCAGCCCACCUCCCGGACACCCAGCCCCAUGGCUCUGCAGGUGGGCUCCCCCCAGCAACGUGCUGCCCUCUGCUCCUGCCUCUCCACCUCACCAGGGAAGCCUAUGCCCACCACACAGAGCUUCGCCCUCGACCCUAAGUACGCCACCCCCAAGGUCAUCCAGGCACAGGGCAAGGACUGCUCCAAGGGACCCUGCAUCCUGCCCAUCGUGAAGGAUGGGCAGAAGGUCAGCAGCACCCACUACUACCUGCUGCCCGAGCGCCCUGCCUACCUGGACAAGUAUGAGAAGUUUUUCAAGGAGGCAAAAAGCCCCGAGGAGGUGCCAGCAUCCCGCCAGAUCACCACAGCUACCGUCCGUCCCAUGGUGCAGCAGCCAUUGCCAGACUGCAAGGCCAACUUUUCCUCCAACAACAGCAACCCUGGGCCCAAGUGCCUGGUGAAAGCCUCCUGCAGCCUCCAGAAGAUCGUUUAUGAUGGGCCAGAUGUUUGCCAUCCUGCCGACAAGAUUCGGCUGGUGCAGGACACAGUGCACGGUGUGACCACCGAGGAAUGCCAAGCAGCCCUGCAGAGCCAUGCCUGGAGCAUCCAACGGGCUAUCCAGUACCUGAAGGUGGAGCAGCUCUUCUGCCUGGGGCUGAAGUCUCGUGGUGAGUGCCAGCGGGUGCUGGAGAUGUUCGACUGGAACCUGGCACAGGCCAGCUCCCACCUCCUCGAUCCCUACAGCGCCACCCGCCAGAAGUGGUGACAGCAGGGACGGGGCGAGCGGUGUCGGAUCCGGAGCAGGCAUCUCACAAUGGGGCCGGUCCUGCUACCUCCACCCACCCAACCUACUGCAGGACUAUGGACUGAGCCCCCACUUGAGGGUGGAGACACCCCAAAAGGGACCCUGCCUAGUGCCACAGACUUUCCAGGGUGCUUGUGCCCUGGCCUUGGCAAUGGGCUCCAUCCCCUGGCCCCUUGUUGAAUUGUUUUUGUAAAGAGAAAUGUAAUUUUAAUAUAUAUGUUAUGUAUAUGUAUA